AUGAUGGAGUCAAUUCUUUGUACGUUUCGACAACGAAGCCGACGUCGAACGAAUGCCAUGUCAAAACAGUUGAACGAAACGAAUUCGGUGAAUUUGGCCAUAGAAAACGAAUUGGCACUACUUAAGGAGCUACAGAUGAAAUCUGAAAAGUCACGAUUGAUCAGUCUGAACUGGCCACGCUUAAAAGAGAAGCACAGAAGGUCUCAAGAUCCAGUCACUACGACAAAUGAGCUGCCAUCCAUAGACUUUAUCAACACCUUCAAAGAAGAAGGUAAUGGUAUAGUUGUUUUUUUCUAG